CUGCCUCCUCUGCCGCUGCGAUCCUCCUCUGCUCGACGACCGGAGAGGCGGAGACCCUGCCUCCUCUGCGGCUCUGCCACUGCGAUUCCUCCUCUGCUCGACGACCGGAGACCCUGCCUCCUCUGCUCGACGACCGGCGGUCCUCCCUCCUCUGCUCGACGACUGGCGGUGCCUUACCUUUACUUCAAUAUCACGCUCUACUUGCAAAGGAAGCACUUGGUUGAUGUGACGGAGAUAUAUAACCAGCUGAGCAGGGAAAAAACAAAAAAGCCAGAGGCUUUUCAAGCUGGCUACCUCGUCAUUCUAUUAGUCCUUUCUUUGUUCUGGUUGCUUUGGACCAUCGCGGGGGAGGAAUUUGAUUAA